AUGACGAGCAGCCCUACACCCUUUUUUCACUUAUGCCUUUCGGGUGAACGACAGCCGCUGAACGACAAGAACAAAACCGACCCGGGGAACUUGGACAAAAGCCUCGAUCCUGUGUACCAAUCCAUCCGUCGUUAUAUUGACUCUUAUAACAGAGCUUACGUAAUUACGUUUAACAAUCCUCGAAACCAGAAAAUUAAUGAGCUGCGCCACUAUCUUAAAGAUGGACAAAUCAUAUUCGGGAAAAACAAGGUUACCAUUUUGGCACUUGGGAAGAGGUCGGGUAAGGCUCUUCGGCCGCACCUAGACGAAUUGUCCAAAUUUAUAAGAGGACAGUGUGCUCUCCUACUGACGAACUUGUCGGUCCAGGAGUUACGUGAAAAAUUUGAUGCAUUACGUUCCUCAGAAUUUGCCCGUCCAGGUGUUCGGGCUCCCCAGACCGUAACAUUAGCUGCUGGGCCGUGCCAUAAAUUCGCCCAUACAUUGGAGCCCUAUUUACGGGAGCUUGGACUACCUGUCAAACUGGUGCGGGGUAUCGUUACUCUAGAAGAAGACUAUAUCGUGUGCAGACGGGACCAGGAAUUGACUCCGGAGCAGUGUCGUGUUUUGAAACUAUUUGAACUUCAGCUAUCCGAGUUCCGUGUCGCCAUCAUUGCGUUCUGGUCUGAGGAAGAGGGCGUUUUAGAAGUGUCCGAUUCAGAUAGCCGCCAAAUGAUAACGUCCUUGGCCCCUGCCGUACGAGUAACAUGUCAGAAGCUGGACGACGGACAAUAUUACUUCAUCCCAGAAGUAGUUCCAGAUGAGCCAGAAGACGCGUUAAUGACAGACGGGGGACAAUAAUUUAAUCCUCUUGCUGUUCCGUAUGAUGCCAGAGGUGUAUAAAGCGAGUUGCCUUUGUGAAAAGUGUUUUUCUUGCAGCAGUGAUUUACUUAGGUCUUUGGGGUUUUACUGGCACUCAAUUUUCGUUUAAAUGUUAAUCAAGCUGCUGUGGAAAUACUAGGGUGUGA